AUGCUGCAUUGUGGAACUAUAAACUGCUCAGAAUACCCAAAGUAUCUUUGUGCUUACGUCGAACCAGGAGUUUUACUUUGCAAACUUCAUCAUAAUCAGCAUUCCAAUCUAUGUUCAAGAAGCCAUAUGAAAUUAACUUCAAAUUAUCAAAAAAUAUUUCAGCCUCAUCAGAUACAAGCAGAAAUGGAAAGAUUUACCAAAUAUGAAACUAAGCUUGGUAAAGAAAUUGCUUCCCUUGAUGCUCAAAUCUUUAAAUAUAUAAAGUUAUUGAAUACUUACAUUCCAAAAAUUGAGAAAAGAAAUAAAACAGCUCGUCAUUUAGCAGAUAUUUUGAUUGAAUAUCAAAUUUUUAAUGAAAUUAUCGGAAAAGGAUUAAAAAACAAUAAACUACUAACUUUGGAUAUGAGUUAUAAGCCAGUCAAUACAAAUCUGAUUGAGCUAAAAGUGGCAAAAAACAUAUGUAUAGAUAUUCCAAAAUGAAAAAAUAUAGAAAUUCUUAAGAAAAGCUAUUUUAACAAUGUUAAAUUUAAUAAUAGAAAACAAAUUUGUACACAAUUGAAAGAAUUGCUAACAAAUGAAUUAAAGCUUCAACUGUUCAAUAUUUUACUCAUGUCAAAAGAAAUUCAAGGUAUUUCUAUAGCAGCAAGCAAUGCAGCAACGAUUUUAAAUGCAUCAGAUUUCUCGUUUAAUUAUAAAGACUUAACUCCUAUUAAUAUUUUUUAAAUUAUUAUUCCAAUUAAUUUAUAAAGUGUAUAUUUAAAUUAAUAUUUCUAAUAAGGACAGUAAGUAAUACCAAGCUACCGUAUACAAAUUUUUCGGAAACAUUAUUUAUUGGGACUAAUUUUGAAAACUGUGAUUUAAGUAGCGCGAAUUUUUCUCAUUCCAGCUUGUAACGAUGACCCCCCCCUCAAUCUUCAUGUCUAUUGCAACAAAAAUGCAAUUUUUUAAUAUAAAAUUGUAUAUAAAAAAAAUAAUAAUUUUCAUGUCUCUUGCAACAAAUUAUAACAUUAAAAUGGCGACACGUGCCAACCUGCCUUCUUGGCUCAGCAGUCCAGACCUUAUGGCUACAGCGAACAGGGACGGACUCCGAGCCAAGAAUCAGACGCAGGCUCAAGAAGUGUGUAUCCGGGUAGGUUUUGGCUGCUUUCCUGUGGUUGGAAAUGGAGGUGCUCAGCAACGUCCUUGGAUCCGAGGACCCAUGGGCAUUCCUCUAACGAGAAACUGGGGGUUUCAGCCCAGGCCACAGGGGAACAGUCUUUUUCCUGUAGCUGUCGAAGAAAGGCACUUUGAUACCCGAUAGACUCCAAGGAGCUGAUCCUUGGAAUCAAGCUACUCCAAUCGCCCGUAGCACUGCCGCAGAAAUCAAUAAGCCGCCCACUCAAAACUGAACUCCCAAGGUAAGGGGGAGACAGAAGGUACCGGAAGGGCACUCGUAAGAGGGAUAGAUCCUCUGGGCUGGAGUCGAAAAGCAGUAGAACCUUCCGUACGGGAGGUCUUUAAUGACUGCGUCAUCAAUAUGGCUAGCGCCUGUCUGUAAUAAUCUUAAUCCUAGUCCUCUUGCAACAAAUUUUCGAUUCGCAUCUUAAAUUUUUCCGUACUUUUUAGCUAGAUAAGUUUAAUAAAAUGGCGAGCGAUGGCAAUAGCCGUCCAAAUCUCGAUGAGAAGGUCAUUGACAAACCUAAAGUAGCGCUGUUUUAUGGGUUUUUUGAGAAACUCACCUAGAGAAAAAUGCAUUAAACACUUUUUAUAAAAAUGUUGUGUUGCAGUAGGCAUGAAGAUUUUUUCGAAAAAUUUUUGUUGCAGUAGACAUGAAGAUUGAGGGGGGGGUCAUCGUUACAAUCUAAAUUUCAAAAAUGCUAUGAUGGAAAAUGUUAAUUUUGGGCAGAUUUCCUUACUUGGCUAUGAAGACUACAUUAAUGCAGUCGCUAUUUCAAGCUGUGGAAACUUUAUAGCAUCAGGAGGUGCAAAGCCAUAUAUAUUAAUAUGAAAUUUAAACACUCAAGAAAUCUUUAUAAGGCUUAACGGCCAUACAAAUUCAAUAUCAUCGGUUUCUUUCUCUCAUAAUAGGAAAUUAUUAGUUUCAGGCUCAUAUGAUCAGACAGUCAGAGUUUGGGACUGGGAAAAUUCAAAAGAAAUUCAUCAAUUUACUGGGCACAAGUUCAAUGUUUAUUGCGUAUUAUUUUCUUUAUGUGAUAAAUACGUAAUUUCAAGCAGUUCAGAAUGAGUUAUCAAAUGAUGGGACUUUGAGAACGACCAAAUCACCAAAAUAUUAAAAGGCCAUAGAUAUGGGAUACGAUCUCUAUCACUUUCCCCAUGCGGGCGAUUUCUUGUCUCAUCUAGUUUUAUUGAGUCAAUAAGAAUUUGGGAUAUUGAAAAUGAGGCAGAAAUAGGUAGAUGCAACGUGACGAAAAAAAUUAAAAGUGUUUGCUUCAGUCCUUGUGGGAAAUAUUUCGCUUCUGCUAGUGAUUGAAAAGUUGUUUUAUGAGAAAUAAAGACUAUGAAAGAUGCCCAAAUUUUUGAAGGGCACAAAAACGAUGUCAAUUCUGUAGCGUUUUCUCCUUGUGGGAAAUAUUUGGCAUCAGCUGGAAACGAUAAUAAAAUAAUUAUUUGGGACUUAGAAUCAAAUAGAAAUGCUAGGGAAUUCUUCCAUGAUAAGGCUGUAAACUCGGUUUGUUUUCACCCAAAUAAGAAUUUGGUGAUUUCAGGAAGUAGUGACUGCAAAAUAAAAGUGUGGGACUUUGAUAGCUGGGUUAAGAAUGGACAAUUUGAAGGACAUAAAAAUGGGAUUUCUUCAGUAGCCAUUUCUCAUAAUGAUGAAAUUUUUGCAACUUGUGGGAAAGACAAAGCAAUAAAGUUUUGGAAUAUGAACAAUUUUAAGCUAAUUAAUACUAUUAAUGACGAAACAUACACUCCUCUUUUAAUAUUAAAAUUAAAUUUUUUUAUAUUCUUUUAUAUAUAUAUGUGUACUAUGAAUAGUUGAAAAAAUAUUAUAACAUAGAAAAUAAAUUAUUUAUUUAUAAGUUGCAAUUUUAUUAUAUAUAUAUUUCUGCUGCAAAAAUCAAUAAUAAUAGAGUGUAUAGCACAUUUAUAGCUUUCACAAAAUGUGAUACACUCGUUAUGACGACUUCAAGUUUCAGCGAUUGAAUUGAUAGAAAUUCGUCAUUCAAUUCAAUCUCAAGGGUAGAGAGCGAAGUUAAUAUCUGAAAUGUUAGCGAUGCUAGUUUCUUUGGUGGCUACAAUGCUCAUUGGAAAGCGAUUAAGUCGAUAUGCUUUAGUCCAAAUUCUAUCAAUUUUGCAACAGGAAGCGCUGACAAGACAAUAAUGAUUUGGACUAAAGAAAAUGAUUAUUCUACAAUUAAUACCUUUUAUGCACAUAAAUCAGAUGUCAACUCAGUAUGCUAUUCUCCAUGUGGCAAUUUCCUUGCUUCUGGCAGCUCAGAUAAAACAAUAUUUAUUCAUGACGUUAACAAAUAUGAAUAUCAACAAGAAGCAUUUGCUAACGAAAGCUGCGCGGUUUACCAAGUUAUUUAUUCGCCAUGUGGAAGGUUUUUACUCUUAUUUUUAAAUAAUUUUUAAUAAUUUUGAAUAAAAUAUUUAAUAGACAAUUUUUUUAAAAAUCAAAAGUGAAAAUUAGCUUCAGUAGGUGAGGACAGGAUUAUAAGAAUUCGGGCCAUUGAAACAAAAGAAAUAUUUCGAUCAUUUGCUGGGCAUAAAUUAAGAGUGAAUUCAAUUUUAUUUUUGUCUUCAGGGAAGCAUCUUAUUUCUGGAAGUGAUGAUAAAAGCAUAAGGAUAUGAGACAUUGAAAGCCAAAAAGAAUCUGAAAGACUGGACAACCACCAAGGAGGAGUGACAUGUCUUUCUCUUUCGCAUUUUGGGGUCUAUUUCAGCUCAGCAAGCUCAGAUAAAACAGUUAAAAUGUGGAAAUUCAGAGACGAGUUUCUGCCCUAA